AAAAUAAACGUAAAAAAAAAAUUUGAAUUUUUGCAUUGCUUUCAUAUUCGUAUGCUAUUAAAGAUUUGUUAGAAUAAAUGAAUUAUUUUUUCUUCUAUAGAGGCCAUUGCUGUGUCCAGUCUGUAGUUUUAACCAUUACAGACAAGAACGGCUAUUUUGACCAAUGUAGCUUUGUCUUGUCUACACAACCUUUGAUUCUUGUCCCAAAUAUUACCACAAUAAAAGAUGAGACAACAAAAAGCGACAAACUAGAAAAUGAAAAGGAUGAGGCAACCAAUGACUUAAAGACAGUGGGUAUAGUGAUUGGAUCUACUGUAGCUGGAAUCAUCCUCAUCACAAUCCUUGUCGUCGUAUUCUACAAUUCAAAGAAAGGAACUUUACAUAAACAGUCUUAUCAGUUGGUGUGGAAGAAAUAAUAAAAAAUACAAAAGAAAACAGUCAAUGAAUUGAUAAUUCCUAGAAGUUUUUCUCGUAAUUGUUUUAUUUUGUGUUGUCUUUUUUUGUUGUUAAAUAAUCUGUUUUACCCAAUCACUAGAAAGUGCUCACGGUGGAUAAGACUCUCAUAAGAGAAAUUUUAUUCUUCGCUGUUUUCACUGAAAAGGAUAUGAGUUUUUGGCAUUGCGAGAUUAAGCACCAUUUGUUUUAUUCGGUUUGUUAAAAAAAUAUUACAGGUGCACUUUAUUUUAUCCAUUUUUUUAAGGCUAUUUCUUUCCAGAAAAUUUUUUUGUGUAUUGAAAAGGAAUAAUUUGUUUAACAUGUAUUACUUUAAAUUACUUUUUAUCCUUUGGAUUUAAAAAAUU